AUGUAUAAGAAGGCACUUCACUCCUUCUUUCUAAAGGUUCAUCCAGAUUUUUUCCAUCACAACCGUAGUCAACAGAUAGUGAAUGAGAAUUCUGUGGCGCGUCUCAACGAAUUGCUUAGUUGGGCAAAGUCUUUCAAGGGCGGUACACUCUCCCCACCCCCAGCGAGAUCCUUCACACUAACAUUUUAUCAAAAAGCAGAGGAUAAGGCGGCAGAGAGUGCAGAACAAACCACCUCCUCCUUUACACGACGUAGUGGACAAGAGGAGAGUUCACUUAUUCAAUCUACUUUUGAACUUCCAGAGAAUUUCACCCCAAGUGAUGCCCAUCGUGGGGUAGUGGAACGUUCUGUAAAUAAGUUUCUACGGGAUUUACUUCGCCGUGCCUCUUGUAUUGAUAGUAUUACAGAAUCCAUCUCUGCAGCUGAGGAUGCCACGGCGCAGCGGGCGGAAGUGAAACCAUUACGACGACGCCACGGGCCAAAUCGCAAAGGUGCAGAGAAACCAAAAUCUCUCUUGGAUGAGGCCACUGAAAGUAUGUCACUCCAGUGGAGUAUUACCCCAGCACCAACCUUGGAGGAGUUAAUGGAGGCUGAUCAGGUACUCUUUGAGCGUACACUUUCACCUUUACAGUCAGCUGCCGCUCUUCAUACACUUCGACAACAUCUUGGUGAAUUACGGUACCCAUUAUGGGAGUCUAUGCCAUUAAUUAUAUCAAAUACAUUUAAUAUUGGUGAGGUUACUGGAACAUUAACUAUUCCAUGGGAUUUUACUCCAGAUCAAUUUUUAAGCUUUAUUGCACAUAAUGAUAAAGCUCUCGCACGUUGUCGUGAAACUGCCUCACAGUUUGCUACUAAAGUAGAACAACUUAUUUCUGAAAUUUGUAACGAAUUGGAACUAGAUGAUAUUUUAAUAUCAUGUAGUCAUAAAGAGGCCUUAUUGGUAUUACAGUUACUACAUCGUAAUAAGGAACUUUUACAUGUAUACGGACUCACAAAUUUAACCUUAGAAAUUGGUAUGCGACAUGCUAUGCGGGCAAAUGGUGUGGUAAUUAUUAGUUGUAAACUUACUAAUGAUGAACUACGUCCUUGGCUAAAGAAAAUUGAACCUAAACUCAGUUUACAAAAACGUCUUUAUCAAGUUUCAAAACAAAUGUUAGAAGCAACUAUGUGGCAUUUAAAGGAGUUUCGAACCAUGGCGGAACCUGGUGGUAUAGAUGCUUUUAAUAAUGAUUGUACCUAUGCUGAACGAUUAGAAUGGGCAAAAGAAUUAUUUCGCAUUGCCUCUUCAUUAGCAGCAUGGGAUUGGAAAGACAUGACAUUUGUACUUGCCCCUGAUGUGGAUGUGGAUUGGGCAAAUGGAAUUAUUGCCCUUCCGCAUAAUUUCAAUGGUGAUGCCUUUGUACGUUAUGUUGAGGAUGUCCAACAUGCAGCGAAGAGCCGCAAACGGGAGGAAUUACUGGAGGCAAGUGCCAUGGGACGACAGGCGGCGGAGAUGCAACGACAACAACAACACAAUCGUGAGUUAAUGAUGGAGGAUGAAGAAAUGGAGACAUCUCAUCUCAACACACAAGAAGGAGAAGGAGGGAAAGGAGAAUCACAUAAUUCUUUACAGAAGAAGAACACCGCCAACGACACGGCACGGCAUGAUCGACUUCGAGAUAUGUACCGCCAUGCCAGUCCACACAUGGAGGAGUAUCUCGCCUCCAGCAGUCAUCGCGUAGAUCCACUCUCCGUGGAGCGGCCACUCACACACGCCGUUACAUUCAACUCUGAUGCUGAAGCCGAUCAGCAAUUGCGAUGGGAAGGAUUCUACGCAGAUCCGUAUGUGGAUCAAAUACCCACUGGCGAUCUUGACGAUAUUGCCCAUACCUUUCAAGUCACCAAUCGACAGCACCGUGAGGAUGCCGCUCGGCAACUGUUGGAGCAGCUGCGGGAUACCUACGGGAAGAAGAGUCGCAGGUUUGACUAUCAGAAGAUGGGAGAUGUUCUGGAGAUCAAUAACGCCAAGGUGCAGCCAAAGGGAUUCCCAACACUCACACGCGGUUUAAGACCAACGGACUAA